AUGAAAGGUUUGAGAAUAGGAGCAAGAGUUUUCGGUCUCAUAUCAUCUCCAUAACAAGUAUUUUUCAGAUAAGGACUACAAUAAACAUCAAUAUAUUUAUUUUCUGAAAAGACCAAGAAGCAUGAUACUCACAAGAAUGAUCACAAAUAGGAGAAAGCCUAAUAAUAAGAACAAAAAGCAGAGCAAGAAAAAAAGGAAGCUUCUACAAAACAAGAUGAAAAAGUAGAAUCCCUUGAUGAAUCUCACGAAGACAAAUUACAUAGAGUUGAAUCAUUUUACUCAAAAUAAAUUGAAAAAUUAGAGACUCAAAUCAAAGAUCACAAGGAAAAAAUUCAUGAUCAAAUCAAAUUGAUCAAUUAAUUAGAGGCAUCCAAUAAGGAUCACAACACAAAAAUCAAGGAAUUAAGAGAUGCCUUAAAAGCAGAAAUAGAAGAAUCAGAAUUGUCAUCAAAAAGAGUUUUAAAAGAGAAGGAGCAAUUAAAAGUAUUUGCCAUCUCAAAUUUCGCCAAAGAAUUACUAGAUGUCCAAGAUAACUUAGAAAGAGCUAUUGCAAGCACUACUGACAAACCAGAAAAUAAUCCAUUAUUAGAAGGUGUUGUCAUGACUCAUUCAAUUUUAGAAAAAGUAUACAAGAAAUUUGGAGUACAAAAGAUGAAUGUGAUUGGAUAGAAAUUCGAUCCAAACUUUCAUGAAUCCCUAUUCUAGGUUGAAGAUCCUGAAAAAGAACCAGGAACAAUAUGCUAUGUUGCAUAAGAAGGAUAUGCUAUUGGUGAGAGAGUCUUAAGACCAGCAAAAGUGGGUGUUGUUAAAUAAUAAUCAUGA